CGGCCCCCCCUUCCGGCCGCCCCCGCCUCCUGGCCCACGCCCGCCCGCGCUCGGCCCGCCAGCGCCUCCACCCGGGCUGGCGGCCCCGCGUCGACGUCGUCCGCUGAUUGCUGCUAACUCCCGUCCUGGGCGCCGUCGGCGGGGUCGCGCUCCGUCGGGCCUGCGGAUUCCCCGCCGUCUCCUCCUUCGUCUACCUCAACGCCGGUCCCCGCUUCGCCAGAGGAGGCGGUUCCCCCCGCAGGCAGUCCGGCUUGCAGGCCGCCGGCGUUGUCAUCCCCCGCGCUCCCCCCCAGCCCUCCCCGGCGCGCACCCCGGCCGCUCCCCCUUCCUAGCUGCGUCCCGAGCGGCCGCGGCGCCGCCACUCCUUCCCUCCCCCUGAGACCCGGGCUUGCGACGGCCGAGGGCUCCGUCGGCCCAAACCGAGCUGGGCGCCCGCGUCUCGGGUGACGCCUCCACUCCGUCCCGGUCAACACCGUCCCCAGUCCCAGUCCCCGACGUUGCGUCCUUUCCUUAGCUUCUCCUCGCCCCGCUACUCUCACCGCGUCCGCGCGGCCCCGCUACUCCACCGCCACCUUCCCUGAGCUCCCUCCCGCCCCCCCAACUCCUCGCCUCCGACUCCCUCCCCCCUCACGUCCUCCCCCUGCCUUCCCCUACCAAAGUGGAUUAAUUAUACGCUUUCUGUUUCUCUCCGUGCUGUUCUCUCCCGCUGUGAGCCUGCCCGCCUCUCGCUGUCCUCUCUCCCUCUUGCCCACUCUUUGUCCCCCCCCCCUUCACGUUCACUCUGUCUCUCUCACUAUCUCUGACCCCCUCUAUCCUUGGUACAACAGCUGACCUCAUUUCCCGAUACCCUUUCCCCCCCUAAAAGUACAACAUCUGGCCCGCCCCAGCCCAAAGAUAGCCCGUCCUUCCUAAAGAAGCAGAAGAGUCCCCCCCCAAAAAAUAAGCCAUCCCCCCGUUCUGCCCCGUCGCACAUUCGGCCCCUGCGACCCGGCCAGAGCGGCGCUGGCAGAGGAGUGUCCGGCAGGAGGGCCAACGCCCGCUGUUCGGUUUGCGAUCACGCAGCAGGGAGGUGGGCGGCAGCGUCGCCGGCUUCCAGAUACCAAUGGGGAUUUCAAUGGGGAAGUCGAUGUUGGUGCUACUCACCUUCUUGGCCUUCGCCUCGUGCUGCAUUGCUGCUUACCGCCCCAGUGAGACCCUGUGCGGCGGGGAGCUGGUGGACACCCUCCAGUUUGUCUGUGGGGACCGCGGCUUCUAUUUCAGCAGACCCGCAAGCCGUGUGAGCCGUCGCAGCCGUGGCAUCGUUGAAGAGUGCUGCUUCCGCAGCUGCGACCUGGCCCUCCUGGAGACUUACUGUGCCACCCCCGCCAAGUCCGAGAGGGACGUGUCAGCCUCUUUGGCCGUGCUUCCGGACAAUUUCCCCAGAUACCCCGUGGGCAAGUUUUUCCAAUAUGACACCUGGAGACAAUCUACUCAGCGCCUGCGCCGAGGCCUGCCAGCCCUCCUGCGCGCACGCCGGGGUCGAAUGCUCUCUAAGGAGCUUGAAGCAUUCAAAGAGGCCAAGCGUCACCAUCCCCUGACGGUCCUGACCUCCAAAGACCCCACCCACGGUGAUGAUACCUCUUCGGAGAAGUCCAGCAACCAGAAGUGAGCCAAAUUGUUGUAAUUCUGCAAUGUGUACCAUCGCGCUCGUGACCUCCUCUUGAGCAGGGACAUUUCCAUCACGUCCCACCUCUAAGAUCUCUCUGUUCUGUUUCCACCCCAGUAUGUUUCUCUACCCCAGCCCCUGUGCCCCGCCUCCCCACAUCAGGGUGCUCCCCUGGCCCCACUCCACCGGGCUGAGGGAGUCAUAGCAACAUCUUCAAAGACAAAACCUAUUAGAUUUACAUAUCCCCCACAUACACCCCCUCCCAAAUUCUACAAUGCACAUCAAAACAAUUGAAAAAGCCCCUUAAAACUAAUUGACUUUUUAAAAACACUGAUUAGCCUUUAAAAAAAAAACCCUGAAAAACCAAUUGGCUGAAAAGAUACUAAAAAGGAAUUGGCUUAGAAACAAUUGGAGAAAGUAAAGGAAUUCGGCACACCCUCCCCCUUCCUCUUCCUCCCUCUGACCUUGAGUCAACUAGGUUGGACCAGCAAGAGGAAGGAAGGGGGACCCCAAAAGUUUGCAGGUGGGCAUGCCAGUGCUGCUACACCAUCACCUACUCAUUUCCGUUGAGCACUUUCAGUGUUGGCUGCCUAAGAACAGCGGCCACCAGACUCAUUCCUCACCCAUUUUCCAUCAGGGAGCCGCCAGGGUGUUAGGUGGACUUGACCCAUUGACAUCAAAGGAAGGGAACAGCCUGAAAACCUUUUACUCCUGAAAGUAAAGUUUAAUUGGCGCUAACCCCACCCCCCAAAUUCUUAGAUCUCAGUCUCUAUCCUAGAAAGCACACACUCAUCCCUACACAGUCACAUGCACACAACACCUGCCCACAUGUACAUGUGCGCCCACCCCACGUACCUUCACACAUGCAUACACACACCUACCUCACACAUGCACACAUACACACCUGAGCACACACACAUCUCACACACACACACACACACACGCACACGCACACGCGCGCACACACACACACACACACACACACACGCCCACACACACACACGCCCACACACACACACCCCUAAUUGGAUGAAAGCAAUCAAAAAAGAAACAACCCUCACUUCUGACCCACAUCGUGUAGAUUAAGCAGAGUUCCACCUCAAAUUCUCUCGGCUGUUUUCAUGGCCCGAGUUCCCAGGUGCCACCAUGCUCCCAGAGUGAGGAAUGAGUUUGGUCAGAUUAGAGGUGGUGUUAGCAAGCAAGGUCUGCCCCCACCAGUGUGCUCCUGGGAGAAAGAUCUGGGGAUCCCCCGCCCUGAGCACCAAAGAAUCAUCUUUGCCCUGAUAGUGGAGAGAGUGGGAAGUCUGGCGGUUGGAGGGGUGGGUGGGGGGCAGUGGGGGCUGGGUGGGGGGAGCUCUGAGGUAGAAGAUGGUCCGGGGAGAUUUUGGAGGGAAGAAUCAGGAGGAGAAACAGCUCAAUUUGCAGAAUUACGGAGAAAUCAGGAGCCAAAUUUUACAUCAAUUGAUCAUUUCCCCUUUGUUUCUUGGGGCAUAUUUCCUUUUUUUUUUUUCUCUCUCUUUUUUUUUUUAUCAGUUAGCUUUUAUGCGCUCAAAAUUGAAUUAUACUCCCAUCCCCUAUGUUACCAGGGGAGCAGUGACCCCAAACAAUGUGCGAAUACCAUCUUUGCCACUUGUCAUCAUGUCCUGCUCUCCGCCAUUUAUCACCCUUUGAUUUUUAACCUGUUCCUGUCGCUUGGAUUGAGUUGAGAGUGGGGCCUCCUUAGGGUAUUGGCCACAAUGCCCCACGGAGAAGUCAGGGGAAGAAAAAGGCCGCUUCCUGGUCUGGCUUCUGGGGAUAGUGGCUUAGUCCCCAGAGGUUCUGAGGGCUGGAGGAGGGGCUGGGUGGUGUCUCCCCAGGUGUUGGGAAGGUGCUCGGAGGCCACAAAGAUGGGGCCCUUGGCUGGCCUGCAGCCAGUCAAGGGGGAAGGGGUUAUGGAUGUGUGAGCAGAGAGACUCCAUCGGGCAGGAGCACGUGGUCGCCUUCCACACACUUGAGGAGCCCUCCCCCCCCUUCAGUGACACCUUUUCCACCCCUCAGCACCCACCCUGUCCUCAGGAGAGCUGGAGCUCUGCAGACCCUCCUUUGGGCAGAGUGGGAUGAGGCCAGGGAGUUGGGGAAGCCAGGAGGAUUUGAGCCGGCAGAGCACGAGAGCUGGCCAUUGAGUGGGGUCGCUUGGGCCCCGAGGCUUUCGGGUCUGGCAAUGCCAUGGCAGCCACAUCAUGGUGCCUAGGACUGUGCAGGGAACCGGGCGGCUGGGUGGUUCGUCUACCUCACCCCCACCUUUUUUGCCCCCAGUGCAGCCCCCCUGCAUGAGGUCUGACUAACAAUUUAGAGGCCCGAGGCUUCUGGGUCCUGGCGGCGGGGCUGGCAUGACCCUGGGGGAGGUACAUGUCAGCCCAACCCCGCACAGGGGGCCCCUUAGCAAGCGUCUGGAGAAUGGGCCAUUCGGAACAUUGGACAGAAACCCAAAGAGCAAAAUUGUCAGAAUUGGAGAAGAAUGUAGACAAAUUGGCGUGAAAUCCAAAAGACUCUGAGGCACCCCAAAUUACCUGCCCAUUCUUCUGGAUACCCACCCACUCAGUAAUUUUUGCCUCACUGGGCUGGGUACUCCUGGGGCGCUUGUUAUGGCCCUCUGUGCUCCCAGUUUUGCCGCUCUCUCCAAGGUCACCACCAUCUUAUCUCCGGCACCUGUCUGGCCUCCCGUGCCUAGUGUGGCCCUCCAUCUUGUCUCUUCCCUAUUCCCAUGUUGUCUUCAGUGGGACCCCUCUCUUGGGUCCCCCCUUUACCAUCACCUGAAGACCCCCCACGCGUUGGACACCAUUUGUCACCUGUGCUGCUGUGUCAGUCCAUCUUGUUGCAGCUGUGUCCACCUCAACUUAACUCCGUUAACACGCUCAUUCCUGGCGAAACCUAAUGCAUGGGUUUUGUCUUUAACUUGUUAUCGCUCGCAAUUUUAAUAAAGCAUUUAAAAAUCA